UUUAAAGUCCUCACACAACCGCAUGAAAAAACUAGAUUGCACUCCCAAAGAAAAGAAAAAAAACAAAAAAAAAAAAUAUCUUAAUUAAACUUCCCACUUUGACACUUUCUCUCAUUUGUGCAAAACACUUGCACAAACCACUAGAGCAAAAACCAAUCAAUGGAAAAACAAAUGGCUGCAGCCAUAUUCCAAGCUCUAGAAUCCAAACCACUCCUAAUCCUCUUCACAAUCCCGCUCCUCUUCUUCUUAGCCCUAUCAAAAUCCCGCCGCAAACCCUACCCGCCCGGGCCCAAAGGCUGGCCCAUUAUCGGCAACAUUACCAUGAUGGACCAACUCACCCACCGCGGCCUCGCCAAUCUCGCCAAGCACUACGGCGGCAUCCUCCACCUCCGCAUGGGCUUCCUCCACGUGGUCGCCAUCCAAAGCCCAGACGCGGCCCGCCAAGUCCUCCAGGCCCACGACAACAUUUUCUCCAACAGGCCCGCCAACAUCGCCAUAAGCUACCUAACCUACAAUCGGGCCGACAUGGCCUUCGCCCACUACGGGCCCUUCUGGCGCCAGAUGCGCAAGCUCUGCGUCAUCAAGCUCUUCAGCCGCAAACGGGCCGAGUCUUGGGCUUCGGUUCGGGACGAGGUGGACCGCAUGGUUCGGGCCGUGGGGGGUAGCGCGGGAAGGCCCGUUAACGUAGGCGAGCUCGUUUUCGGGCUUACUAGGAAUAUUAUAUACCGGGCCGCAUUCGGGUCGAGCUCAGAAGACGGGCAGGACGAUUUUAUAUCGAUUCUUCAGGAGUUUUCGAAGCUUUUCGGGGCUUUUAAUCUGGCGGAUUUCGUGCCGUGGGUGGACCGUAUGGACCUGCAAGGGCUGAACAAGAGGCUGGUGAAGGCCCGGGAUUUGCUGGACGGGUUUAUUGACAGUAUUAUUGAUGAACAUAUAGAGAGGAAGAAUGGAUUGGGCCGGGCCGGGCCCAAUGGUGAUUCGGACAUGGUGGACGAGCUGCUGGCGUUUUAUGGGGGUGAUGACGUGGCCAAGGUUUCGGAAGGUGGGGAUUUGCAAGGCUCGAUUAAGCUCACGAGGGAUAACAUCAAAGCUAUUAUUAUGGACGUAAUGUUUGGUGGUACCGAAACGGUAGCAUCAGCCAUCGAGUGGGCCAUGGCGGAGCUAAUGAGAAGCCCAACGGACCUUAAGAGGGUCCAGCAAGAGCUGGCUGACGUAGUGGGCCUGGCCCGCAAAGUCGAGGAGCCCGACUUCGAGAAGCUGAUCUAUCUCCGCUGCUGCCUGAAGGAGGUCCUCCGCCUCCACCCGCCGAUCCCCAUCCUCCUCCACGAGACGGCGGAGGACGCCACCGUCUCCGGCUACCACAUCCCAGCGAGAUCAAGGGUCAUGAUCAACGCGUGGGCCAUCGGCCGAGACGCCGGCGCGUGGGAGGACGCGGACGAGUUCCGGCCGUCGCGGUUCCUGGCGGAGGGCGUGCCGGACUUCAAGGGCGGGAACUUCGAGUUCAUACCUUUCGGGUCGGGUCGGAGGUCGUGCCCCGGGAUGCAGCUUGGGCUGUACGCGCUGGAGAUGGCGGUGGCCCACCUUCUCCACUCCUUCACGUGGGAGCUUCCCGACGGGAUGAAGCCCGCCGAUCUCGAUAUGAGCGACGUAUUCGGCCUGACGGCGCCGAGGGCCGAGCGAUUGGUGGCGGUGCCCACCACGCGCCUUCUAUGCACGCUGUAAUGGGGUGGACGCGCGUCAUGGGUAUAAAUGUGGUGGAGAUUAUUCAAAUAUUAAUUGAUUCAAGGGGUUUUUUUUUUUCUUUUUUUUAUGGUUNGUUUGGCAAUUACAUGUUUGUUUGGGAAAGUGUGUCAAAAGCGAAGACAAGAAAUGAGUUGGCAUAAAUUUGUAAGGCAAUUUGCUUGAAAUAAAUCGACCGAGUCUAGGGAAAUAGUUGUGAAGGAAAUUGUUAUCGUUUAUGUAAUAUUAUGGCAUAUUAUUAUUAUAAUGUGCAUAUAUUAUAAAUAUUAUGUAUAUAAAACUUUGUGAACCUGCAAUUAUCUCUGAGUUUGUAUUCUGUGUUAAUAAUCUCUUCUUGCAAUAAACAUGUUAUGCUAGG